AUGGCGAUCGGAGAUGUCAGGUUUACGUGGCAAGAGAGGAAACGUCUCCACCGUCUCGUGAUCCUCGCCAUCUUGGCGAACGGCCUGAUCGGUCUUAUUCUAUUUACCAUGGGCGUGUUCACUAUGUACACGAUCGCCGGACAAUUGGGAUUCGAGGGGAGGAAUUUAUUCGAUCUGGUGUUGAAGACGUUGACGUUGUACGGGCUGUACGUGUUCGUUCAUAAUCUAACGGGCGUGAAGCUUUGUUACAAUUACUUUCGUUAUGCUGAAGGACCAUGGAUGAACUUGAGAUUGUUUGUUUGGACGAUGGUAGGGCUGCUGGUGGCACUGGUGGGCUGCUUCAUGGCUAGCAUUUGCUCUUCGACCGCGGACGAAUUGAUACUUCAACUUAGAGAGACUCUUUUAGAAGGCAUGAAGAGGUACUUCACGGACGUGACGUGGAAACGCAGAAUAGACAGUCUGCAAGUGCAGAUGCGGUGUUGCGGAAUAGAUUCGUCCGACGAUUGGCACAAGACGUACUGGCUGCGGAGGGAGCUUCUUGUGCUGGAUUCCCCGGAUAUCUUGAAGUACGCGGAGUUGGACGGUCGCGUGACGCCGCCGGUGGUGCCGUGGAGUUGCUGUCGGCCGGACGUAAAGGGUCCCUGCUAUCACGAUCCCCUUCAGCUGCCAAAUCCUGAACAGAAUUCCACUUACGAGAGCCUGAACGCCCGGGGCUGUCUGAUCGCCAUGAAGACCGUGCUAAACGGGACCCUCUAUUCCACCGUGCCGCUGAUCGUGUUUCUGUUUGUGUUGCAGCGACUCGAUUUUGGGAACGCCGCUGGACCUAAUCUCUGCCAGAUCGAUCGGAAGAACAGCGGACGCGGCGACUCGAUGAUCGACCUGAGGCCGCUUGUUUAUUCCAGUGACACGGAAUAA